UCCAAUGAGACGCAAAAAAAGGAGCGUGAAACAACAGUCUCCAAACUUAAGUUUGCUUUUCUCUUUUCAUCCUCUGGUUUUUUGUUCGGAUGCCGCAGAACUGUAUUGUUAGAGAUGACGUUGCAAUGGACUGCAGUUGCCCUCUUCCUCUAUGUGGAAAUAGGUGUACUCCUCAUCCUCUGUCUACCCUUCAUCUCAGCCACCAGAUGGCAGAGUAUCUUCCAGCUGAGAAUAUGGAACAAAAUGGCCAGGUUUUGGAAUAAAUUCUUCCUCGCCAUGAUCAUAAUCCUCAUAGUCCUCUUCUUCGACGCUGUGCGCGAGGUGAGGAAGUAUUCGGGGGCGGGAAACCGCAAGGAUGCUAAUCUGCAUCCCAACAUGUUUGACAACCUCAACAUGAAGCUGUUCAGAGCCCAGAGGAACCUCUACAUCUCCGGCUUUUCCCUCUUCCUCUGGCUGGUACUGAGGCGGGUGAUCACUCUGAUCAACCAGCUGGCGACGGAAUCUGGCACCACGGCCUCUCUGCAGACCAAGGCAGAGAGUGCCAACCAAACUGCCAAGAAAUACAUGGAGGACAACGAGCUACUGAAGCAGACUCUGAUGGAUGGGAAGGGGGACAAGGCCACAGCGGAGGGAAACGAGCUGCUGAGGUCAGAGAUGGAGAAACUGAGAGGAGAACUGAAGGGCUCAGAGGAAGCCUUGAAAAAGUCCCAAUCCGAGAUGGAAGCUAUGAAGAAACAAUUCGAUGGACUGACCAAAGAAUACGACCGACUGCUGAAAGAACACCAGAAUCUUCAAGAGAGUGGACACAAAAAGGAUGAUUGAUCGUUCUUAUGACUACAGCGGUCAGAACGUUUACAUAUCGUACCAAGAAACCAGAAAAAACACUGUCACGCACGCUAUCGCCAGUUGUGAAUGAAUGCCUGCAUGCAUGGCUGUACAAGCUUCAGAUUACAGUGGUCUUCUACUGUGAAUGUAUUUUUGAUGUAAUGGGCUUGCUAUGCUGUUUUUGUCCUGUACAUGGCAAGAGCACCACUGUUACAUUCAUAUCAUUUUUUUUACAAAUUCAGUUGUAUGUGUUUUGUUAAACAAAAUUAGCAUUGAGUUCAUAGGGGUAAAGAAGUUAUAUUGAGUGAUUUUGUUGUUGAAUAUUUGAUAUCAAUGGUGAUCUGUUUUAAUUCCUCUGAAGAUAUUCUACAUAUUUAGAUGUUAAGGGGGUUGUGGAUAUUACACAGGGUCAGGGUUAGGCUAGAUUGAAAAUCCAAUAUUGGGUCAUGAUUUUCUUUUUGGUAAUAAGGAAACUGAAACAGAAAUGUGUGUGGAGAUUCAUAUUUCCUCUUCUCACUCUCAGACCCCCUGUAGUGUCACACACAACUGUGAAGAUUGUAUAGACUAAUAAAACCAGAGUAUGACUGUCCCACCCCAGGGGUUUGAUUGGGUAGACCGGGUCAGCACUUGGGAGUGGGAUUGACCAGCAAGUCUUCCUCUAGCCCCCAUGCCCUAAGCACUUAUCUCCUAUAGGGCCAGACAUUUUUCUCCCCCAUGUACUGUACAUUAAAUUCCAAUACUAGGGGACAGAAGCUUCCCUGACAGAAUAAGUGCCUUUCAGACCACUGUAGAUAUAUUUUCUCAUUCCAAGUACAAAAAUCUGCUUUGAGUAAGCAAGUGUUUCAAUAUUUCAGUAUUGCUCACUAUUAAAGUUUUGUGCUGCAAAAAAAACGUUUAGAAAAAUUGUCUCCACAUACCAACAUGUUAUCCCAUAUUAAAAAUGUUUUAUUGUUGUA